AUGACGAUCGAAGAUGACUGGUGCAUGCAAAGGUACAAUGAAACGACGGUGGUGGAAGAUGAAGGAAGAAUAGUGGUGUCAUUACCACUGAAAGAUGAUAAAUCCCUUGGUGAUUCGAAAGGUCUGGCAAUUGUAAGAUUAUUGUCAAUAGAAAAGAAGCUACGUCGUAAUCCAAAUCUAGAUGAAAGUUACGAAAAAUUUAUGAAGGAAUACGAAGAGUUGGGCCCUAUGGAAAAGGUGUCAGCAGCAGUUGAAGGGAAGUACAACUUACCGCAUCAUUCAGUGGUAAGAGAAGGAAGUAUAACUACGAAAGUACGAGUAGUCUUCGAUGCAUCGGCAAAAUCAACAAAUGGCAAGAGCUUGAAUGACAUUAUGUACACGGGACCUAAGCUGCAAAGGGACAUAUUUGACAUCAUGCUACAAUGGCGUAUGUGGUGUUACGGGAUAACAGCGGACGUAGAAAAAUGUACCGUCAAAUAA